AAUUACAUAAUCUAUGAUUAAUAAAAGUGGCGAUGGCGUUUUAUGGUCUGUAUUCCUUUGUGAACAAAAAGUGGAGUUUCUGUGGUAUUUUCUAUGGGAGACCGGUUUAUUAAUGUAAGUUUCAAGAGUAGUAAUAAAAGAGCGCAAAGAAGCGAAAAUAUAAAAUACAAAGGGAAGAAAGGAGAACGUAAAAGUGCCGAGUGCAAGGAAUACAUGAGAUCCCGCUUUCGUCGGCCGGCGAACAUAUUUAUCUUCGACAGCAAAUGUAAUAUUUUAACAAAAAAAUAGGAAUAAUCCUAUCAGAAAAACACAUUUGACUGUAUGUAAUCAUCUGUGCAUGUUAUUAAAAAAAAUAUAAGAAUGUCAGAAAUGGAGAAAAAGGAAAUUUGUACAAUGGAAGAUCAUGAUACAUAUUCUGAAAGUUUAGAAAAGAGUAAUGUCCUGGAAAGUAGUGGAUUGAGUGCCUAUGGCGAGAGCCAAGAUUUUCAUCUAGUAGAUAUUGGCGAUGAAGAAUCGUCUGAUAAAUCAGAAAAUGAGGUGGAAAGCACGCAGGAUACGAAAACUGUUUCUGUUGAUAAUGUAGAAACAACUUCAAAUGUAACGGAAACAUUGACUGAUGCUCAACACGAUGUACAGGAAGAUAAAUUAGCAAAGACAGAUUGUGUAGAAAGUACAGAACUGCCUCAAGAGAAAGAAGAAAGUAGAAAAGAUGAUAAGAAUGUUGUUGAAAAUAAAAGUAAACAAUCUGAUGAAGAAGACGACGUGAUACAAUGUACACCACCUGAUUCCUGUUCACCUUCCAAAAAACAAGUUUCUAGUAGCACAACAACAGGCUUGAAACGUAAAGCGGAAUCAUUUGAUGAUAUACCCAAUAAAGUGCUAAGAACAGAAUCUAAGGAAGAUGUGACAAUUUCUGGGAAGAAAGUAUUUGAAGAAGAAGAAAGUUGUCACUCUUUUAAAUCCGAGGAUUCUCAGCAGGAAUUUCCCAAAGAUUAUUCUGAGUCCAAUGUUAUAAUUGCAGAAACUCAAGAUGCAGAAGAUGAAGAUAUCGAAACUGUAGCUGAAAAAUCUGUAAUAAAUAAAGAAGAUACUAAGAAUGAAAAACAUACUGAAUUGGAAGUAAAAGAUUAUGAAAUUGAUAAAAAUGAAAAUUUCAAUGAUACCUCAAAAUUGAACGAAGCUAUUGCAAAUAAAGAACACAGUGAAGAAGUUUCUGAUAUAACAAGUACUGUGCAACUUAACGACAACAGGUCAUCACAAACUGAAGUGAAAGAAAAAGAUUCUACGUCUCCUGUAAAGGUAGUAACAACUGAGAAAACGAAAUCCGAUUCAAGUAAUGCUAAUGCAGAUAGUAUAAAUUUAGUUGAUACUUCUGCAAAAGAUUCUAAAGUAACGCAUAGUGACAAAACGAAAGAUAAAGAAAACGGUAUUGAGUCUGCACAUACUAAUUUGGAACAAAAAAGCAGUGAAGUUGUAGAUACAUCAGUUUCAAAAAAAGAAAUAACAAAUGAAUCUCACCCUAACUUAAAUUCUGCAAGUUUAUGUAAGUCGAGAAACAGCAUAGAACUCAUAUAUGAUCGAACUGCAGUUAAUGAAAUUAAAUCAAAACCCAAAGAGAUCGUAGAAAUUGAUGAAGAAGGAGAGAAAAUUGUAUUAGACUCAUCACAAGAAGAUUCUGAUUUAAAAAUAGACAAAAAUGUUUUAGAUAAUACAAAGUCCGAAACAAUAUAUAAAAGCUGUUAUGAGAGUAAAAGCAGUAGUGAAUUUAGUUUCAAAUCAUUAGAAAGUACCAAAGAGUCAGCCCUUGAAUCUACUAAAUCUAAUAAUAAAUUAGUAAAUGGAAGCAGCGAGUCUAAAAGAUGUGAUACUGACAGUACAGCUAGUUUACAAUCUGAUACAUUUAGUGAUGUACCAGCUGUCUUUGAUAAAAUAGACACCCCCGUUUCGGUACCUGUACAUAAUCUGAAUAAGCAGAGCAAACCAGUUUCUACACUUAAGGAAAAUGAUCAUGCUGAUUUAUUAAGUGUAAGUGAUAAUGAACCUGAUGUUUUUAUAGUAGAUGAUAAAAGUAAAUCAAAUUUAACUCAUAGCAGUUCUAUCACAAAAGCUGUCCAAAUGGAAAAAGAAAUUGGUAUAUAUGUUAGAAUGAAAUGCUUACUACAUAUUGAUGAAGGUACAAAGGAGUUUCUAAAUAAAGAAAUCACGGGUGUACAAUGCGAAACUAUUGCUGCAGAACCUACGUUAACACGGCAGAAAAAUAACGAUACCUCUGCUUCACUAGCAGAUAUUUCUGGGAAUGACAAUAAAGAUACAUCUCCAGGAUCAGUCAAUAGUAAUCCGCAGUUAUAUCAAUUAAAUCCUUCUAGACUUUCAUUUGCAUCCACAAUCAGUUCUUUAAGUUCUGCAUCUAGUGCUGCCUCACUAGCAGCUAAACUUGCGAUAAGGGAUAGCACACAUUUCUCUUUGCCAAGAGCACCUGCAAAACAUGCAAAAAAGCAAACUCACGAUAUGCAUUUAUUGAAUGAUAAGCAAGCAUUAGAUGAAGCCUAUGAACGACUUAGUAAAGAAUGGCAAAAUAGUCAUCUUCUCACAACGACUAUUUUAAAUUUUGUUAAUACAGAACUUAGUGGUAUUGAUACAUGUAACGUUAGUAAUGAGAGAAUAGAUGAUCAGUUGCAAAAACUUAGAUCCUCUACGCCAGAAGUUCCACAAGAAGUAGCACAAAUACAAACCCCAAAAAACAGUAAAAAGAGUAAAUCGGUAAAAAGGGCGAGAAGUAAAAGUGUAAAAUCUGAAGGUCAAUCAGAAGGAUUAAAUAAAGCCUCUUCGAAUCUUCUAAAAUCUACAGAAAGCAGUACCCCAAACAGGAAAAAGAAUAAAACAGAACAUGUAGAUAAUACUUUAACUGCAAUAGAUGAACCAGCAAAAUCUCUAUCACAAGUAAUCACAGAUGAGUUAAUUGGUAAAAAUGUUUUCGCUAAAUGGUCUGACAAUAAUUAUUACCCUGGUAUUGUUACCGAUAAAGUAAAAAUAAAGUAUAAAGUAAACUUCCUUGAUGGAAAAAGUAAAGUACUUAUAGAAGAUUUUGUUAUACCGAUACCAUCAGUUUUAAAAGAGGGUUUGUCUGUUUAUGCUACUACUUCAAAUGAUGAUUAUGGAUCAUGUGGUAUAAUCGUAGAAACUCAAACUGUAAAUAACGAAGUAUAUUACACUGUGGAAACGGACGAGGGAGAAAAAUUACGAGUUCAGGUUAAGGACAUUUUCUUGUCUACUGAUCAAGCUCAAGUGCUAAAAGAAGAAAUGGGUUCUGAAAAUAAAAGUCUUCCGGUAACACCAAAACAUUUAGGUCAAAUAACACUAGAUAAUAUGAUUGAUGGUAAAAGACGUUCUAAACGUAUUGCCACUCCUGUGUAUUUAACUCCCAAAGCUAAAUUGAUUCAAACACCCACGAGUAAAAUCGAGGCAGAACCAUCUGUUUCUGGUAUAUCUUCGUUAAUGAAAAAAGAAAAGAAAGCAUCUUCCGAAAGUGAUCUUGUUUCUAGCGAUUCAAAUCUUUCUCUAAAGGAUGAAAUGUUUUCCAUUGGUAUACAGUCUGAGAUAAUUGGAACUCCAUACGAGCAAACUGUUAAAGGACCACAAAAUCGAAUUAAAAGUAAAUCAAGAAGUAAAAAGAAAGUAGACGAUGAAGAAACAAUUGCAAUAUUUGGUCCAAUUCCACCAACAGAUUCGAAUCUGUUUAAAGGCAUGUCUUUCAUCCUUACUUGUGCACCGGUAGAAAGCAUUGACCGGUUUCAACUUGAAAACAAAGAUUAUGGUUCAGAUCCGGGAACAGAGAAUGAAGAAGAAUGGUCAAAGAAACCUUUUAUAAGAGAUAGAUUGAAUGCACAAAUAGUAGCAGGUGGUGGUAAAGUUUAUACAGACUUCAAUGAAAUACCACAGGAAGAAUAUAAAAACACAAAGUUAAUAACAAACGUGCCAAACACAACUGCGAAAACUUUGUUGUGCCUCUCAGUUGGUAUACCAGCGUAUCAUCAUAAUUGGAUCAUAAGAUGUUGUCAAGAAGGAAAAAUUGUAAAUCCAGCUGAAGAUAAAUUACCUACAGGGUGGAGUUUGGAGAAGAAUUCAUAUGUAGAAAUGUUCCAAAGACAUAAUAGCAAACCACUGAAUCAAAUCAUUGUAAUAAUUCCAGUUACAGAGUUUAAUAAACAGUUUGUUACAUUUUGGCGUCAAAUUUGUGAAAAUGCAGGUGCUGUUGUAUUAUUAGCAGAUAAACCAGAUACAAUGGAAGGUUUCGUAAAUGGAACAGUAAUUCUUACAAACAAUUCGUGUCCAUCUUGGGCAAUAGAAAAAGCCACUGAAUUACAAAUUCCAUUGCUUUCUGCAACAUGGAUCGUUCAGUGUUUGAUAGAAGGAAAAUUUUGUCAAUACGAUUCACAAGCACGUUAUAAAUAUAAUUAUAUAAAACAUUAAGUGCACAUAACAAUCAAGAAGCUACUUUAGUUUCAGAGACAGCGUCUGAUAAAAACUUAGUUACAGCGAUUAUAUUACUUUUGACAAUGCCUAUGUAAAGUUAACGAUGAUCGAAAAAUAUUGAAACAUAUUUUAUAUAACAAUAUUGUGUACUGCACGAAUAUUUGGUAUAAAGAUUUCUCUUUCUGUGACCACCCACUAUAUUUGAACUUACAUAUGCUUACUACGUACGAUAGUGCUUAUCAUAAAAACAUAAUGUUAAAAUUUUGUAAAAUUUUGUAUAAAUGAAACUUCUAAAUCAGAAAUCAUUUUUAUAGAUAAAUGAAAAAAAAGGAACUGUAAUUUUAGAAAAUAAGUUUUAAUCGUAACGUACACAAUUCGAUGUUUACCACUUAUUCCAUUCAUAUUUUUAUUGAUAGGUUUAGUAGGAACGAAAUAGCAGCAUCAAAUUUCGUCCGGUUCUUUUGAAUAUUGUUUCAGUAAAAUGUGAAAUGAACGUUGACGAUAUAAUAUGAUUAAGAAUUUAUAAUAAUUCGUAUUUACAUUAACGAUGUAAAUAACUCGAUGCAUUACUUCUUUCCAUGUUAAAAUAUUUACGAUAAUCAAAUAACGCAUUUAGUUGUACGAAAAUUAUAUUUUAAUGAAUAUACUUCUACUUAAGAUUUUGUUAAUAACUAUUGUCUGUUGGUAAUUGACGUGAAAAAUUUGUAUGUCCCAAAUUCUGUACCAUUAUGAAACAGACAAUUCUUAUAAAAACUUUUUUUAAUUUAGAUGUUACCUUAAGUUGAGCUUGUCGGCUUUAAUUGGAAUAUUUUGUUCUCGUUAUUCUAAUUACUGACGUACAUAUAGUAAAUAUUAAAGUACUGUAAAUCAAAGUUAACAAUGGGUAGUAUAUCCUGUAAAUAUUUUUUUACUUGAAAUUACAAUAAUGGAUUAUAAAAACUAUUUACAUUACAUUUUUAUAUUCUAGAUAUAUAUAUACAUAUAUAUAUAUAUAUAUAUCUCAUUACUAACAUAAAUUUAUAAAAUCUUUUAUCGCCUAUGCACAUAGUUGAUAUAUGUUCAGUAAAAAACAACAAAUAUCAAGCGAGUUGCCUAUAAAUACUUCAAAUUAAGGUAGCAUUAAUAAUUUUUAACGAAGAAAGAUACUAAAAAUGUAUCUUAAGCGUGUUUACAACUUUUUCAGUAAUUAAUUUACAGAAUGAUUUUCUGUUAGACCAAAUAUCAAUAAAAUGAUAAAAAUGUAUGUGAAAAGUGCACAUGUGCGAAUGUGUGUAUAUAAGUAAAUAUAUACAUAUAUGAUAAAUUUUAUUAUGUAAGAUGUAGUUAUCAUGUAAAAUGUUUGGGGAUAAAAUACAGUGACAUAUUUUGGCAAAA